UCAGGGCUUCCAUAUUUAUGAUCUCUGCACUUCUCUUUAGCCUUUUCUUUCCCGGAAACAUGGUACAAACAAAGAAAUUCAGGGGUGUUCGGCAGCGUCAGUGGGGGUCUUGGGUAUCUGAAAUUCGCCAUCCUUUACUGAAGAGAAGGGUAUGGCUAGGCACAUUUGAGACAGCUGAGGCUGCUGCAAGAACAUAUGACCAGGCUGCCAUUUUGAUGAAUGGACAAAAUGCCAAGACCAAUUUUCCUGUAGCAAAGACUCACCCUAGUGACACAAAUGCUCGAAAUGAUGACUCUCCAUUGCCUCCCAAGGCUCUUUCUGAGCUUCUGAAUGCUAAGCUCAGAAAGUGUCGCAAAGACCAAUGUCCUUCUCUGACUUGCCUGAGGCUUGACACCGAUAAUGCUCAUAUUGGAGUCUGGCAAAAACGUGCAGGCACUCGUUCAAGCUCCAAUUGGGUCACGAGGGUUGAGAUCGGGAAUAAGAAGAUGAUUACACCGGCAUUGGAAGAUGGAUCAGCAUUGUCAUCAGGGUCGUCGCCUAUAGCUGAUGAGAGUGAAGCUGGAAGUGUAACGGGAGAAGAGGACAGGAUAGCAAUGCAGAUGAUAGAAGAGUUGCUCAAUUGGAAUUGUCCUAUGUCUUCAACUUCAGGUUGAGUUUAGAAAAGACAUAUCCUUUGAAUAAAAGUCCUUUGCAUUUUACCUUUCCAGGUUAUAAAUCAUGCAUCACCUUCCGUCGACCUCACUGUGGAACUGGUGCAAUAAGCAGUU